AUGACAAUUCCAGAAACCGAGGACUUGCUGGAUAAGCAUAUGGUACACCAUGACUAUUUCUCGUUUAACCUACACAAUCUCCUAGUAAAGAGAUCCGAUUCUACUCUGCCGCAACCUGCUGUAAUCGCUGAUGCGUUCUAUAACAGUAUCCGGGGAUAUAAAGGUAGGCUGUUCCUGAUGGGAAAGUAUGAGUUUGUGAUCGGCUCUUUGUCCAAUUGGGCUGAUAGAUUACUGGACGUUAUGGAGAGUGGAGGCUACAUAAGGGCCAUAAAACUGGCUACUGCUUACUAUUUGGGUGAAGAAGACUUUGUAUCGGUGGGAUUACCCGCGGAUGAAAGCGAACGGCAUGCUGUUGUGCUCAGAAGCAUCCCCAAUCUGAUAUCUGCUUCUUUUGGUUAUACAUUUCAAUCUGACCAUCCGGAUGAGGCCUCCAUUGCUGGGCUUACUGAUGCUUGCAUUACAGCAGUAGUUGCCAUGAAUGAAACUGAUCUAUUGACAGAUAUAUUUGAGCUAUUUGAGCCAACUGCCUAUCGUAAAAUCUUUUUCGAACAGCUCUCAUCAUUCAUUUAUGAUGGAGAUAUCAAAUCACUCCCACCCAGGGUUUUUAAGGAACUUGUUCUUUUUUAUUCGACCUCAAGUGACGUUUUGGAAGACCUAACGUGUAGACUUAGAACAGAUACGCUGGAUAUUGAUCUAAUUUUCAGUUUAUGUCGACAAUACCACCUCCGUGAUACACUAACCUAUAUUACAAAUUGUGCAUUGCGAGAUUUCAAGACUCCUUUAGUGGAUUUUGUAAACUUGAUAGAGCAAGUAUCAUCUAUAGGUGAGGCAAGUUCUCAAGUUGUGAAAUCCGACACAUUGGAAUGGCAAUCUACCAAGUCUAGAGAAUCCACAGAUGCAACUGACAACGUAGAUUUAGAGCAAUUGGUGCAUGAGGCCGACAAGGUCUAUCCAUAUCUGUCAUACAUCUUGACAGGCAGGAUAUACCCCACAGCACUUCUGUUCACAGAUGAAGGUCUCUCAUACUAUGGCAAAUGUGCUACCUACUAUAUGUUAUUUUCGGGAAAAGUGAAGUCAGAUACUGAAGUUCGGUUCCCAUAUCUCAUAGCACUUAUCAACUACAACAGCUCUGCAUUCUUUGCAGCGUUGAAUGAAGGUUUUGAGGAUACGUUUAUGAAUGGCAGUGAUAGAAUCGAAGAUGGUGAUAUAUAUCCUCCAGAGGAGCUUGCUUUUGGUUCAACUGUUAGUAGACAGCUUAUUAUCAAUAUCUUGCUUGACGUUUUUUAUGACGAAUCUAAUGGAUUGGGACCGGAUAAACGGAUCUUUUUGGAUAUAUUUAUUGCUCGCAACUACCCGAAGUACUUGCAGUUCAUUCUUCUACCAGGAAAAGUCCUUUCUAAAAUUCUUUACGAACUAUGUUAUUGGAACGAUGCAUCAUUAAAAGAAGAGAGAGAGAUUGCAGUCAACUCUUUGUUGACAAAAUUUAAACCCCCAGAUCUAGAGAAUCUAACGGCAACUCUUUAUGAAGUCAAGUUCCAUUCAAUUCUGAUUUAUCUUUUCCGGUCAGAAAAGAAGUACACUAAGCUUUUGGAGGUUGCAUUUGAAUCGGUCAGGGUCAAUGAGUUAGAAGCAGACCGGUUAUUUGACAUAAUUGAAGAAUGUCUUCAAAACACCAGAGGAAUGAGUCAAACGAAAGAGCGUGGCAACUUGGAUCGAUUACUGGGAUCACAUUUUGAGAUGCUAGUGGAACUAGAUAGCGAGAGACUGGUGCAGUUAGUUAGUAAAUUCUGCGCUCAUAUUCAUGACUUGGUCUUUAAGCUCAAUAGCGAAGGCUUACAACUGCGUUAUCUGAAUAUCUUAUUCAAAGCAGUCGGGAAGAGUGAUUCUCAAGGACAAAAGUUCCUUCCAACUCUACGCACACGCACGCUUUAUAUUUCACUUUUGGCCAAAAACAAUAACAGUGCAGAGAUCUACCGCUUAUUAAGUACUAUUUUGACGUCAACUAGUGACGUAGACCUCCCCAGCAUUGUUGACAGUUUAAUUUCAUCCAAAAGUAUUGACUCGCUAGUUCUGUUACUUGAGAGACAGGGCAGAAUAGGCGAAGCGAUGAUUUACCUACUCGAUCACAUUCUGUUCCUAAACGACGAGUACAUGCUGAAGCCAACUGAAUCGGAGUCUGGUUUAAACGAACAUUUAUCUCCUGAGGUAACGAAACUUGAGGAUCAGCUAUCGAGAUAUACAGCUAUUGGAGUCAAUUUAUGUCUUGAUGAUGAGCGCCGUGGUACACAAGGAGAAUCCCAGAACCCUGGAGAGGCAGUAUGGAUUCGAUUGAUAGACACUUUGAUUGAUCUUCUUAAGGAUACACUUUCUGAUGACAAAGAAAAAGCAUUAUCAUUAGAACACCAAAAGCAGUUCAAGCACUCGCUACUUCGACAGGCACUCUCUGCUUUGUUGGGCUCACCAGCUAACAUUAAUGGAUUCCAGCACGAUGCAACUAUUGUCCGAAUAUUUAGAUCGAUAUUGGCCCCUGAGUCGACGAAGACUAGAACGGUUGGUAGCCUCCGACCAUUGCUUGAUGACAUGUUCUCCGCUUAUAAUUAUCAACACACCAUGUUGUGUGUUGUUGAGGAAAUCCUAGACUCAGAUACUUAUCUAAGUUUACUCGACCUGGUUAGCGAGAGGUUGAAGGGUUGGAAGGUUUCAAAAUCAGGCGAAUGUGAAGGAUGUGGAAGGAAAGUUGUUGGAGUUGGUGUAGACGCCGAAUGGCUCUAUAGCCAAUGGGAGAAGAGACAGAAAGAAAAGACAGUCGCUGGCUUCAAUGGCACUGUCCGCAAGGAUAAAGGCAAAAGUAAAUAUCUGAAGCCGACAGUUUCCAACGACACAAGCCGUGAGCAAGAUGAGAUCUUGAUCGUGUUCAAAUGUGGACACACUUACCACAAAGGAUGUCUGAAACGACUGGGCAAUGUUGACGAGAUCAAAUGUAUUAUAUGUGGCUAA